UAUACUUGCAUUGCAGCAAAAAUUAGUGACAUUUUGUGGGUAGUAGAAGCAAAUUGGAAAAUUAAUAGCACCUAAAUAAAAGUGUAAAAGGAUUAUUUUAGUAAUUUGUGUGCGGGUGCAAGACGGAAUCAUAACGCGGCUGAGGAAAAAAAAUCGUAAAAAAUGGCGUUGAAAGUGCUGGUUGGGCAAAAGAUUAUGAACGAGGUGGUGAAGUAUAAGCCACCACCACCGAAGAAAGCAGGCGCGGUAUCGGCUGCUGCCAAGGCACCGGGUGGCAUGGAAUGGCGUGUACUGGUCGUCGAUAAGUUGGGUAUGCGUAUGGUGUCCGCUUGCACUAAGAUGCAUGAAAUUAGCGCUGAGGGCAUAACCUUGGUGGAGGAUAUCAAUAAGAAACGCGAACCGCUUCCCACAAUGGACGCCAUUUACUUAAUAACACCAUCGGAUGAAUCAGUGCGUGCUUUGAUACGCGAUUUCGAGAAUCCAGCUAGGCCGAUGUAUCGUUAUGCACACGUUUUCUUCACCGAGGCAAUACCUGAAGACAUAUUCCAUAUGUUGCAAAUGCGCAGCGACAUUACACGCAAAUACAUACAGACAUGCAAAGAAAUCAAUAUUGCAUUUUUAGCCUAUGAGGACAAGGUCUACUCGCUCGAUUCGCCAGACACCUUUCAGUGUCUGUAUUCGCCAGCGUUUGCUUCGAUACGCGCCAAGCACAUCGAUCGCAUCGCCGAGCAAAUCGCGACUUUGUGUGCCACACUCGGCGAGUAUCCGAUGGUGCGAUAUCGCACUGACUGGGAUCGCAACAUAGAUUUGGCUGCUGCGGUGCAGCAGAAGUUGGACGCCUAUAAGGCGGAUGAGCCCACAAUGGGCGAGGGCCCGGAGAAGUCACGUUCGCAGCUAUUGAUAUUGGAUCGUGGAUUUGAUUGUGUAUCGCCAUUGUUGCACGAAUUAACACUACAGGCGAUGGCAUACGAUCUCUUGCCGAUCGUUAACGAUGUGUACAGGUAUACGCCCGGACCGAAUCAACCGGAAAAGGAGGUGUUGCUCGAUGAGAACGAUGAUUUGUGGGUGGAGUUGCGGCAUGAGCAUAUCGCUGUGGUGUCCACGCAAGUGACACAAAAUCUAAAGAAAUUCACCGAGUCGAAGCGCAUGACAUCGACCGAUAAAUCUUCUAUGCGUGAUUUAUCGCAAAUGAUCAAGAAAAUGCCACAGUACCAGAAGGAAUUGUCUAAGUAUUCGACGCAUUUACACUUGGCCGAGGAUUGCAUGAAGACUUAUCAGAGCUACGCCGAUAAGUUAUGCCGUGUUGAACAGGAUCUGGCCAUGGGUACCGAUGCUGAGGGCGAAAAGAUUAAGGAUCACAUGCGCAAUAUUGUACCAAUUCUGCUUAAUGCAGAUGUUUCCAACUUCGACAAAGUGCGUAUUAUUGCACUCUACGUUAUGAUUAAGAACGGUAUUUCCGAGGAAAAUUUGACCAAACUCUUCACACAUGCCUCCCUCUCGCCCAAAGAUCAGGAUAUGGUGCGCAAUUUGAGCUUCUUGGGUGUAAAUGUGAUUGCCGAUUCACGCAAGAAAGUCUAUAAUGUCCCACGCAAAGAACGCAUCACCGAACACACCUAUCAAAUGUCCCGUUGGACCCCUGUAGUUAAGGACAUUAUGGAAGAUUGUAUUGAGGACAAACUUGAUCAGCGUCAUUUCACUUUCCUAGCUGGGCGUGCACAGAAUACCAAUUACCAUGCACCGACAAGCGCCCGCUACGGUCACUGGCAUAAGGACAAGGCCCAAGCGCAAGUGAAGAAUGUGCCACGCCUCAUAGUGUUUAUUGUGGGCGGCGUUAGCAUGUCGGAGAUGCGUUGCGCCUAUGAAGUCACCAAUACGGUGAAGAAUUGGGAAGUGCUAGUCGGCUCGUCGCAUAUACUAACACCCGAAGGCUUUCUCAGCGAUUUGGGCAGUCUCUCCAAAGAGGACUAAGAAGCUAAAGCUCUAAUGGCCGAUAAUGUAAAAUUUAUUACUAAUUUAAAUGGUUGAUAAUUUUGAUAGUGUCGACGGAAUUGUUUGUGUUUUUUGAAGUUUUUUGAAGAUAAUGCAAUUUAAUUAUUAUCUACGUAUAUUAUUCGCGAAACAAUUAGGAUGUUUCCUAGGUUAGCUGUGCGCUAAAGUGUUUAUAUGUAUGUGUUUAUAUAAAUUAUUAAAAAAAAGAAAACUCUGUGAGAAAACGUUUAAAAAAAUACGCAAUUAUUCUUGUAGACUUUUUUGCCUGGUAUUCACUUACAAACUUUAUUGAAUCAAAUACACAUGCACACACACACACACGUGUAAUACGCACUUGUAUUUGUUGUGUGCUUAUAUAUAGAAUAUAAUCCUGUAUGUAUUUACGCAAAUAAUGUCAAAUAAAUUCCAAAGUAUUCUCGUUGGUUAUGUGCAAGUAAGCGAGCCGCCGCCUGUCGGUGGUUACGCAUUUAUUGAAAACUGUUUCAAGUAUUUUUGUCGCAUAUUUAAAAUAGAAAAAACAAUUUAAUUAAUUAAUUAUAAUUGCAAUUUAACUUAUAUAUAAUUGUACUUGACUUUAUUAACUAUUAUUACCUAAUAAUAUUUGAACAAUUUAUGCGCUUUGAGAAAAAUAUUUAAAACGCAAAGAACUAAACACUAUACUUACUUUUCUCUAUUAAUAAAACAAAAUAUAUAAAGUGCUAGAAAAUUACGAAAAAUAACAAAACACCGAUUUUUAAUUCACAAAUUUAAAAAAAAAAUACAAAUUAAUCUAAUGAUUAGGAGUAUGCACAGAUUAAAGGUCGCAUAGGCGAAAAGAAAGAAAGAAAAUUAUUAAAUAAAAUAUUUAAUGCAUAGUUAAUAUAAAAGCCGAAUGCAUAUUCGUUAAAAUAAUGUUUAAAGUAAAUAAUAAUUGCAAAUUUCCUUCUAACAACUCAUACGAAGUAACGAAAAACAGUUAGUUUAAAAGUUUAAAAAUAGUGCUAAACACGGAAAAGAAAAAAAACUGGUUUAUUUGCAACCAUAUCCAUAGGAAGAGUGCAUGAAUAUAACAACAAAUUAGUUAAUUAUUACCACGUAUAGUGUGUACUUAGUACAAUUGAACUGAAGUGCGCGGGGUGUGUUCAAUGCUUUAAUGGAAUUUGCAAAAUUCGGAACAAAAGGUAUGCACAGUCCAACUACUGCGAUAAACAAUAUUAUAAUUAAAUGAAACACCAUUUCAAUUAAUCUAACGCCUAGCUUUCAAAAAACUUUCAUAUUUUCUCAACUAUUUGAAAAUUAUGUAUGAAAAAAAUGCUAAUUACGUCAAAAAAUGAAAGAACUUUUGAACUGAAAACUAAUAGCGAUAACAUAGUGUCAGCAAAAUUUCAAAAUUCUUUGAAAUUCAAAUUGAGUGAAUCGUCUAUAAGAAGCUGCUAUAUUUUUUCGUGGUCAGCUUCCUAUUUGGCCACCAUUUAAACUGGUUAAUAAUAAUUUUAUGUACAAAAAACUUAUUCAGUUUGCUUUUACAGUGCUUGCAUCGAUAGACU